AUAUGAAAAUUAAAAACUUGACGCCAGAUUUUUACACAUAAUUUACGCACCAUAAAAUCAUACAUUACACUCAAUUUUAUAUUAUUUUAUUAAUAUAUAAUAUUAAAAAGCAUAAUUUUAAUAUAUUUGUUAAAACUGGCACGACGCACGCGCACUAGUUCCAUUACCCAAAAUCUCCCAGCGCCAUAUUGAGAGAGGCGGACGUUUUACGAUUUCAGUGAUAAAAAUUGUGGUUAGUGCAAUAAGUUGAAGUGAAAGACUUGAUCGUGCCCUAUGGAUAUAUAUUUGGGAGUGGUGUGCCUCGGUUGAUAGGCCUGCCGAAAGGACACGGCUCCACGCGCGAGGACGGUGUGCGGCCCUCCGCCCAGAGGAAACAUGGAGUGCUGCAUGUCAGAAGAGGCCAAAGAACAGAAAAGAAUCAAUCAGGAAAUAGAGCGGCAACUCCGAAAGGACAAACGCGAUGCGAGGAGAGAACUCAAAUUGCUUCUCCUGGGUACUGGCGAGUCGGGCAAGUCCACAUUCAUCAAGCAGAUGAGAAUCAUCCAUGGCUCGGGUUACAGCGACGAAGACAAGCGUGGCUUUAUCAAACUUGUCUACCAGAACAUCUUCAUGGCCAUGCAGAGUAUGAUACGCGCCAUGGAUCUUCUCAAAAUAUCAUAUGGAAAUCCGUCCAAUGGAGAACAGGCGGAGUUGAUAUCGGCCAUCGACUUUGAGAGCGUGACAACAUUCGAGAGUCCCUACGUCGAGGCCAUCAAGGGGCUAUGGGCCGACUCCGGCAUUCAGGAGUGCUACGAUCGCAGGCGGGAGUACCAGCUCACCGAUUCAGCCAAAUACUACUUGCAGGAGAUUGAUCGUGUCGCGGCACCAAACUACUUACCGACCGAACAAGACAUUCUGCGCGUCAGAGUGCCUACUACGGGCAUCAUCGAAUACCCGUUUGACUUGGAAGAGAUACGAUUUAGCUAUUUAAGUGAUCUGGAGAGAAUCGAAAAAGACGAUUUUCUACCCACGGAGCAGGACAUUCUCCGAGCUCGACAGCCGACUACAGGCAUUCUUGAAUAUCCUUUCGAUCUAGACGGCAUUAUAUUUAGAAUGGUGGACGUUGGCGGACAAAGAUCCGAGAGAAGGAAGUGGAUUCACUGUUUCGAAAAUGUCACAUCCAUCAUUUUCUUAGUAGCACUUAGCGAAUACGAUCAAAUUUUAUUCGAGUCUGAAAAUGAGAAUCGAAUGGAAGAAUCAAAGGCAUUGUUCAAGACGAUCAUCACGUAUCCCUGGUUCCAGCACUCGUCGGUUAUUUUGUUCCUCAACAAAAAGGAUUUGCUCGAAGAAAAAAUCAUGUAUUCGCAUCUCGUCGACUAUUUUCCCGAAUACGACGGUCCGCAACGCGACGCCAGCACUGCGCGUGAGUUUAUUCUGCGAAUGUUCGUCGAUCUGAAUCCCGACGCUGAGAAAAUAAUUUACUCGCAUUUCACCUGUGCGACGGACACCGAAAACAUCCGAUUCGUGUUCGCUGCGGUGAAGGACACGAUCCUGCAGUCCAACCUGAAGGAGUACAACCUGGUGUAAGGCCGCGUUUGGCGCCCGCACAAAUCUGUGAUUGUGUAUAACACGUAAUUUAAACAUCAUCAUUUCACGACAAAAUGUAAAAAUUCGCGAACUGAUCGGGUGGACGAAAGUUAUUCAUCUUAAACAGAUUUAUGACAAGUAAGGUUAGAUUGUAAGUCAUUUAACCUAAUUAAUUGGCACCGGCGGGCGGUGCCGUUUCAGGACCUUUUUGACAUGUUUUUUUUUAUGAUGAGGUAAUUCACAAUUUAUGUACGUGUCUGUAUCGGUGAAUAUUAAAUUGUGCAUUUUUUUUAAAGCGAGCGGCGAGUCGUGGCCUCACCGUCGCUGCUUUUAGUCAUUGUUUUAGGAUUUUUGUAAAGUUUGUUGCCAUAAUAUCUUUCUACUAGUAUACGUGAACGUCCAGAGGUAUGGAUUCGAACAAACUAGUCGGUCGAAGGGCGUGCCGCGGCCUCUUCGUAUUGUAUAUCGUAUUUAUUUAAGCGACGAAGCCUUUCCAUCCUCGCGUCCCGCGCACUACCGAUUCACUUUGUUUUGUACAUUGGUAUUCUAUUCAUUGACAUGUGUUUGAGCUGUUUUUCUACAAGAAUUGUAUUGACUUAAAGUUUGUGUUACAAAGGCUUCGCGUUCGCGACGGUGUCUCUCCUCGUGUCUGUUCGAGAGUCGGUGCCGACGGGCGUACGUUAGUUGUGUAAGGACAUUUUUAAAUGCAUUUGAUAUAAACUUUUUUUACUAGGAACCCAAUACAAUGCGAUAUCCGUUAAACUGAAACUGAUGUUUUUUGCACGAAAGCUUAACACGGAAUGUAAUAUAUUGUACAUUUGGAUCUAAAUGUGCUGAGUGAAUUGAGCUCACGGGUCGAUGCCGAGUUUUGCUAUUGGCACACGAUUGACACCCGAUGUCGUUGCGUGCUCACACCGAAGCGCGAACAUUUUAUACGUUGUUUUUGAUCUUCCAUAUUUUAGAGAAUAUUUUUUAUUAUUAUAUGCUUAAUUUAGUGUGUUGCUUCGUGUUUACGGUUAGUUAUUUUAUGUAUAGUAAGGAAACCGAGUUUCUAUUUCGAACAUGUAACUUAUUUGUAUUAACUUAUUUGUUGUUGUGACUCUGUAAUAUUCUUGGUUAUUUUAAGCGAGGACCGAUACCCGAUACUGUCAAUAGCAAAACCGUUUGCUUCUCGAGAUACAUACAUCUGUCUGAAAUGCUCAAAAUCAUGUGAAUUUGGAACUUAGCGCACAAUAUUGGAGUCUUUCUAUUCAUGUUACCCAUUGCAAUCUCUGUGUAUGCCCUGUACAUAGUUGUUUGUACAGCGAUGUUUAUUACUGUUCGGUGCACGGUCAAUUCCUAAAAUGCUUGCGUGCCGAGCGAUUCCACCAUCUGACAGUCGCUUAUAUAUUUUUGUUAUACUUAUUGUUGAAUGCGUAUAUAUUUUUAUUUAGAGGUGGGCACCGUGUGCCUCGCGAAGUGUCGAAGCGUUAACGAUGACGUCAAUUUCAUGAGAUUGUUUUAAUGUAAACCAAAGAUAUAGCAACUUUAUUAAAUUCUGUUUCGAUUUUUAUUUACAGUCUCUUAAAUCGACGUCACUGGACUAUUCAUAGAACAGUACAUUAGUGUACGUAUAGUCUACGCUGGGUCCUAGGGAAACUAUCGUAUACCUACUAUAACGAAUCUGGCCCUUACGAGUAGUAAUCGUUUAAUUUUCUAUGACUAUUUGAUCUUUAACUGUCCGUUUUAUAAAUGUUCCCUUGUUUACGCGAUCGUUUACUUAGGGUCCAUCCAUCCUCACAUGCUUUACUUGUAAAUGUGAAGCAUAAAUUAUACGACAGUAACGCUAGUUUAACGGACUGAUUAUUUAAUUAUAAACGUACUGAUAAACACCAACACAGAGGACCAAUAAGAAUAUCUUAAAAUUAUCUCUUAUUUUGGUCGUAUAGUAUAUGUCGGAAUAUUAAUUACUCGAGCACAAAUUAUUUUAAGCUUCACUAAGUUACCCUUCAAGCACAAAUGACAGAAUGAGAUUUUAUUUAUACGUGUUAAUUUAUGAAUGUUGAGAUGCGACUCGAGAUGGUCUCGGCACGCAGCGCCUGCGCCGAACGAUGCCGAUCUUCCUUUCAAUGACUGAAUUUACCGGUGUGAUUUUUUUACGAUUGGGCGAUAACUACACAAUAUUGCUAAACUAUACUAUAGUCUAACGUUGCUUUACCUUUUGCGUGAGAUUGUGAGAAUUUUAGCUUAAGUUUCGACUGAAGAUGGAUGCCUGUAUGUAAUAUUGUAAAUUAUAAUUUCUCAUAAAAUAUAAUUUUUUUCAGCUA